GAUGAAACAUACUGGCCACCCUUGGUCCUACCUGCAAUUCUGAUAUCAUAUCCAGAAUUGUAAAGAUUUGAAAUGGAUAGCAACGACGCUAUCGAGAAUGAGUCGGAGGCCCUCCGCCAAUUCCUGCCCGUCACGGCGAAUAGUUCAAAUCACAGGGAAAGGGCAAUCACGGAAGCCGAAGCCUCCAUCUCGUGAUUCAGAUGAGGAUGAGGACGAUUCCGACGAGGAUGACGAAGAUGAGGAAGACGAGUUUCCCGUCUCCCACGAGCUUCUGGUCAAGACGCACGAGAAGGCUGUCACAUCAAUGGCAUUGGAUACGUCAGGUUCGAGGCUUAUCACGGGGUCAUUAGAUUGUACAUUGAAGCUUCAUGACUUUUCUUCAAUGACACCUACUACUGUUCGCGCAUUCAAGUCCGUUGAUCCUACAGCCACCAAGGCCUCUGCAAGUUCAGAGACACACCCUAUUCAUUAUGUCGCUUUCAACCCCUUUGCACCGAGUCAAAUGUUGGUCGUCUCCGCCACAUCCCAACCAAGGAUCCUAGAUCGAGAUGGCGAAGUGCUCACAGAGUUUGUCAAAGGAGACAUGUACCUGCGAGACAUGCACCACACAAAUGGUCAUACCGCAGAAAUCACAGGCGGUGCAUGGCAUCCGACAAAUGCAGAGUCGUUCGUCACUUCCAGCGCAGAUGGCACAUUGCGUAUCUGGGACGUUAACAACAAGCGCAAGCAGAAGGAGGUAAUCGUUUUCCGUUCGAAAGCACCUGGGUCUGCUGGACGGACGAAGAUGACGGCAGUAUGCUGGGGUGCUACACCGGAUGGAGGCCAAAGUAACCUAGUCGCUUCCGCGCUUGAUGGUUCUUUGGUUAUGUACAGCGGAAACGGGCCGCAUACGCGACCAGCCGCCGAGAUCAGAGAUGCACAUACACCUGGAACUUGGACGAGUGGACUUGACAUCAGCUCGGAUGGAAGACUCGUGGUCACAAGAGGAGGCGACGACACUAUCAAGCUUUGGGAUACGCGUAAUUUCAAGCAGCCAGUGAACAUUGCGAACCACACGUCAACCUCCACAACAUUCCCUACAAGCAACAUCCGAUUUUCUCCCACCUCCGCGAACGUCAUCACCGGCUCCGAAACGGGGGACCUAUAUAUCCUCAAUCCCGCCACGCUCAGACCCGAGCUGGUCACUCCAGUCACCCCAGGCUCGCCACUCAUCACCGUCCAAUGGCACAGCAAGCUCAACCAGAUUCUCACCGGCUCUGCCAACUCCGAAGUCCAUGUUCUAUUCAACCCGACCCUCUCCACCGCCGGCGCCAAAUCCGUCAUGAUGCGCGCCCCCAAACGUCGCCACAUCGACGACGACCCCAACAACGUCAUGGACCUCAGCCAAGGCCUCUCCAGCGACGCGAUCGUCGCUCCAGGCGGCAUGAAAUCCGGUUCCCAAUCCGCCAUGUCAUUCGCGGCACGGCAUCCGAACGUCGGGCUCACGGCAUCUGGGCGUUCGAGAGAUCCGAGGAGACCGCAUAUCCCCGACACGACACCGGGCUCAAAAACCCAGCCGGAUGAGCAGCAUAUCAAGAAUAGCAUACCGCUUAGCGCAAUGCGGGAUGAGGAUCCCAGGGAGGCACUGAUGAAAUAUGCGGAUAAGGCGAAGAAUGAUCCGAUGUUUACGAAGGCAUGGAAGGAGACGCAGCCGAAGACGAUUUAUGCGGAUUUGAGCGAUGAGGAGGAGCCGGAGAAGAAGAAGGCGAAGAGGUGAGGGGGUGUCGGAAUGCGUGGAAGCGACAUAUCGGGCGAAGUCGCCGGUUUGUUCGGAUGAGAGGGUAGGAUCUGCGCAAGCCGCAUGGAGGUGGACAGAAUGUGGAGAAGGGGAGAGUCAAUAUGGUCACCGUUGCGUCCUGUAAUACAGGUAGCUUCUCCCUUCCCAUCUGGAUAUAUAUCCUUGAAGCGGACUAGAGCUAUCCUAGUGCAAGGAUGUCUCGAGGCAAUACGCAAAUUGGGCGAUUGGACCAGGGAAGCUGCUAACGGAGCUCAUGAAGGUGCUGAAAGAACCUCUCUCUGUAACAAACCGCGGUUAGAAAUACUCAAAUCCCAUCUACGGGU